AUGAGCACACCUGCAAACUCAAAGCGUUUGACAAAGCGAUCGGCAUUCGCGCUGCUCGUCCACGCGGCCGUGUUUUGCCUCUGCUAUUGGUUAGCUUUUGGCUUUCGUUUCGACUUCACUUUCACCUCGCAAAUCAGAGAGAUCUUCUGGAUCUCACUUCCAGCGGUUCUGCUAACCAAGCUGGUUAUCUUCUACGCACUAGGUCACUGUCAUGUUUCUUGGCGGUACGUAACGUUUUCCGACCUCGCGUUACUACUGAAGGCCUCGUUGCUGUCCCUGUUGGCCAUCGCUGCGAUUGACUACUUCCUGGUAGAUGGGCUGCACUCGAACCGCGUUUACGCACCGAUGCACAUUCCUCGGGGCAUUCCCCCGAUGGACUUUGUGCUCACCGUGAUGAUCCUCGGCGGGCUCCGAGCCCUGUGGCGACUAUCGCGAGAAGAGGUAAUCCCGCUUUUCAAUAAGAAGGGUUAUCGCGAAGCAUUAAUCGUUGGAGCGAAUCAUGCCGGUGAGUCACUCGCCAGACAGCUACAGUCCGAUCCCCGGUUGAAGUACACCAUCGUUGGUUUUCUCGACAGUGACCCUGUUCGUCACGGAUCGAUGUUAGCUGGCGUCCCCGUGCUGGGCCGUCCGCGUGACGUGGGUCGCUAUGCGGCCGGGCGCGAUAUCCAGGAUGUGUUGGUCGUGUCGGGGGCCAUGUCGGGUAAAGAGAUUCGCCAGUUGAUGGAUCACUGCGAACCUGUCGGCAUCACGGUGAAGGUGCUUCCCUCGGUUGAUGAGUUGCUCAACAGCAACUACCAGAUUCAGAUUCGCGACGUGAACAUUACCGACCUCCUGCGCCGCGAACCGGUCGAGCUCAAUAGCGAGGCCAUCGGCGAGUUGCUCGAAGGCAAGACGGUGAUGGUCACCGGUGCUGGUGGCAGCAUCGGUUCGGAAGUAUGCCGCCAGGUAUUGCGGUUUUCGCCCAAGUCGCUCCUACUCGUCGAGCGCGCCGAGAACAGUCUGUUCACCAUUGAACAGGAGUUGGGCCGGCUGGCAAUCACUUCCGAGAUUCAUCCGUGUGUGGCCGAUAUCGCCGAUGCUCAGCGGCUAGAUCAGAUUUUACUGCAACAUCGCCCCGACGUGAUCUUCCACGCGGCCGCCCACAAGCAUGUGCCUAUGAUGGAGUCGAACCCCGGCGAAGCCAUCAAGAAUAACGUUGUCGGAACUAAGCUUUUGGCCGAGGCCGCCGACCGCCACGAUGUAAAGCGCUUUGUGAUGAUCUCGACCGAUAAGGCGGUUAAUCCUACGAGCAUCAUGGGGGUCUCGAAGCAAAUAGCGGAGCGCUUCGUGCAGUCGUACGCGGCAUAUGCGAAGACCACCAAGUACGUGGUUGUUCGCUUUGGGAAUGUGCUGGGUUCGGCCGGCAGCGUCGUUCCGACGUUCAAGGCCCAAAUUCGUCGUGGAGGUCCCGUCACCGUCACGCACGAGAAGAUGGAACGAUUCUUUAUGACCAUCCCCGAGGCCUCGCAACUUGUCUUGCAGGCGGCGGCCAUGGGGACCGGUGGUGAGAUCUUCGUUCUUGAUAUGGGUGAACCCGUCAAGAUUGUUGAUCUUGCGCGAGAUCUAAUCCAUCUUUCGGGGCUCACCGAGGAUGACAUCGACAUCGUCUUCACGGGCCUUCGCCCUGGUGAAAAGCUUUAUGAAGAACUUUACUUCGAUGAAGAAGAGAUGCUGGCGACCGACCACCCGAAACUGUUCGCCGCCUACCAUCGUCCCUACGAAAUGAAUGAGGUUCGACAAGCCAUCGACGAACUUUGUUCGCUGGCUCAUGGUCCUGCCGACGUCCUCAGACGCCGUCUGAAGCACUACGUUCCAGAGUACCAACUCAACGGGCCACCCAAGCCUGCGGAGAAGGCGCCGGAAGAAAAAAGUGCGAGUGACGCAGAAUUCUCGCUGUUGAAUAUCUCGAUAGACCAACGUUCGGUCGGGCCCGGCUCGCCGUGUUUCGUGAUCGCUGAAGUUGCGCAAGCUCACGACGGCAGCUUGGGAACCGCACACGCCUACAUCGAUGUCGUGGCCCGAAGCGGCGCCGAUGCGAUUAAGUUUCAAACCCAUAUCGCUGCUGCCGAAUCGACUCCGGGCGAACCGUUCCGUGUUAAGUUCUCCCCUCAGGAUGAAACUCGGUACGACUACUGGAAGCGAAUGGAGUUCACUCCUUCGCAGUGGGAAGGCUUGGCUAAGCACGCGGCAGAACAAGGUCUGGCGUUUCUCUCGACCCCGUUUUCAAUGGAAGCGAUCGAACUGCUCUCAAAGGUUGGGGUGCCUGCCUGGAAGGUUGGUUCAGGCGAAGUCACGAACUUGCCGAUGCUUCGGCGGAUGGCCAGCACUGGCAACCCCGUGAUUCUCUCCAGUGGCAUGUCGCCCUGGGAAGAUCUAGAUCAAGCAGUCACAACCAUUCGCAAUGCAGGUGCUGGAGUAGCUCUGCUGCAGUGCACAACCGCUUAUCCGUGCCCUGCGGAAAAGAUUGGGUUGAAUGUGAUCGACGAGCUACGUCAACGGUACGAUUGCCCGGCGGGGCUCUCUGAUCACUCCGGAACAAUUUACCCGGGCCUCGCGGCAACCUCCCUGGGCAGCGACUUACUUGAGAUCCACGUGGUUCUAUCACGUGACUGCUUCGGCCCCGAUGUUAAGGCCUCGGUCACCCCAUCAGAGCUGAAGCAAUUGGUCGACGGGAUACGCUUCAUCGAAACCUGCCUGGACAACCCAGUGAACAAGGCCGCCGUGGCCGACGAAAUGACCGAGCUGCGAAGCAUCUUUGGUAAGAGCAUCGUGGCCGCUCAAGACCUACCUGCGGGACAUACCCUUACCGAUGCGGAUUUAGCACUUAAGAAACCCGGCACCGGGAUUUCCGCAUCACGAUACGACGAAGUGCUGGGGCGAAAGCUAACCCAAGCCGUGAGUCGAGACACCAUGCUUUCGGAGAAUCAUCUUGACUGA